UGAAGAUAAUCACUGAGCCCCUGUUAAAUGCAUCGUAGUGUUCGUUACCUAACUACGAAUUUUUCUGUCCGAAUCGGAUGAGGGUUCGGUUUUAUUGCUUAAUAUUUCGUUGUGUUUAGGUCAUUAUUACUAACACAGACGACUAAGCUACUAGUUAAUUUCGUAAGUCUGACUAAUAUCUCCUAAAUUAGACUAGACUGACGAAGUAGACUCUUCGUUAACAGUUAAAAAUAAGAUACUUAUUUGCCAAUUGCUGGUACAAUCCGUAUUGUGCCCUAAUACUAUUGGUUAGUGAACUUUUAAUUCGUUCUGUCUAGUUAGUUUAUGGGUCGUCUAAACCAGUUUUAAAACAACUCAUUUGGGGGCUUUAAUAACCUUUAGGGGUCUAGUGACAUCCAAGUCGAUUAACCUCAACUAUGGAAAACUCAUUUAAAAGGCCAUGCUGUAAUCUCUGUUGGACUGUAGUGAAUGACUAUAUUGCAUGCUUAUUGUAUAAUGCUUGUUUGACACUUCAUCGUGAAUAUGCAUAGAUACUUGCUGUUUUACUUACUAUUGCAGAUCUGUUCUAUGAAAUGACACUUGUGUUCAUUGUGCUUUUAGAAACAUGUAACUUGAGGUAUGAUCUGAAACUUGUUCUUUUUGAGAUUGAUGCUUGUUUAUUGUAAGGGCACUGUACUGACAAAAGAAAAAAAAAUGCUGUUGUAAUCUAGCAUCUAGUCCUAUGUUACAAGAGGGCUUAAUAAGUUAGAUAAAAGGCCUCGGUUCUACCACUAAAAGUUUUGCCUGUAAUCAUCAAAAAGGCAGUAGAUAUGUCAGAAAUGAGCCCAUGCACAGUGGGGGAGCAGCUGCAGGAGGCAUCAGACUGCCACAAGACAUUCUUAAGCCAGGAGGUGGGGCUGAAACAGCUGGGGGUACUGCCUGAGAGGGACUGCCUGCUGCUGCAGCUGCGGACAGGCCUGAUGGGUUUGAUGGAGCGAGACACAGUGUGCCUGCACCACCAUAAGGUCUACGUGGAACACUAUGAGGAGGCCCAGAGGGUCUGCUGUGACCCCUUCAGUAGCCACAGGAAGGUUGUCAGGAAGGGCCUGCGUCCCAUAGACCUGGAUGACGCCAGCUUCCUGACCGAGCAGUUCGCCCGGCAUUUUGUGCCUGGCUGGAAGCUGUGUAACCGUUGCACCCAGCUAGCCACUGGGUACACUGAUCUGGAAGCAGCGUCCCGCCAAAGACGCAGACUGGAUAAGGAAGGAAAAACAGCCAAAGCUUUGAAGUCAUUGGAGUUUGCCAACCCAGGCCGACAAACAGAUUUUGCAGCAGAAAAUAACAGGAGAGACAAGAGGCGAGUGAAUAAGUAUCCUUCCAGUGACAGGCAGACCAUGGGUACAAAGAGUAAGGUGUAUGACAGCGAAGGCCUACUGAUCGUUAACGGCUGUGACAUGUGCGACUGCCUGGAUGUGGAAUGCAUGGGCUGCUUCUACCCGUGCCUUGGCUGCAACUCCCGCAAGUGCGGUGUGGAGUGUCGCUGCAACCGCAAGUGGCUGUACGAACAGGUGGAGGUGGAAGGAGGGGAGAUCAUCCGGAACAAGUACGCUAGCUAGGCUAGAUGUCUCUACAGAAUCCACUUGUGCACAGUGCUGUUGUGUAUAUACUCAAAACGGAUUUCUUUGCUUAUGACCACAGUCCUUCUGACUGAGGAGUCUUAAUUUAAUUUCUGUAGUAUACUUUAAAAGAUUUGAAUUAGCAUUUUUUACAUCAGCAGUGGACUUUUUCGCCCCGCUGUACUGUUAAACGCAGACACCACUGAAUUAGUUAAAUACUUUGUUCAUAAAUUGCUAAAGGUCUCAGGUGGUGUGUAAGGCUUUGGUCAGUAUGGCCCCUUAAUAGCAGGACUGAAGAUAAACAAUUUGCAGUGAUCUAGUUGUAAAUAUAUAUGUAUUGUCCUCAUAUGUGUGCCAUUUGUGUCAAAUAAAUUGUGCUGUAUAUUUUUAAA